AUGUCGUCCGACCUCGCCGCCUUCCACGCCCUCCUCACCAGUCUCCACACGCCGCGCAUCCUCGCCCUCUGCGGCGCCGGCCUCUCCGCCUCCUCCGGUCUCCCCACCUUUCGCGGCGCCGGCGGGCUCUGGCGCCGCCACGACGCCACCCGCCUCGCCACCCCCGAGGCCUUCGCCGCCGACCCGGCCCUCGUCUGGCUCUUCUACGCCUACCGCCGCCACAUGGCCCUCGCCGCCCUCGCUCGCGCGGCCCCCGGCUUUCUGUGCCUGACGCAGAACGUCGACGGCCUGUCGCAGCGCGCCGGCCACCCGGCCGCCCAGCUGCGCGCUCUGCACGGCAACCUCUUCGGGCUGCGGUGUUCGGGCAAUGACCACGACAGCAGGGCCGGCAGCGGCGAGACGCAGCAGCAGCAGCAGCAGCAGCAGCAGGGAUGCGGCUACCACGAAGAAGAGAACCUCGCCGAUCCCCUCGUGCCGGCUCUGGCGCCGGCGUCGGCGGACGCCGCGCCCGGCCAGACGCUGCCGCUGCUCGACGCGGCGCACGCCCUCCCGUCCAUCGGCCGCGACGCGCUCCCCUCGUGUCCGCGGUGCUCGUCGCUGCUGCGCCCGGGCGUCGUCUGGUUCGGCGAGGCGCUCGACGACGCGGUGCUGGACUCGAUCGACGGCUGGAUCGAGGCCGAGAUGGUCGAUCUCGUUCUCGUCGUCGGCACGAGCGCGCGCGUGUUUCCUGCGGCGGCGUACGUGGAGCUCGGCCGCGCGCGGGGGGCCAGGGUUUGUGUUGUUGAUCUCGAGGUCGGGCGUGACAGGCGGGACGAUGUGGAUUUCGUCUUUGAGGGGGAUGCUGCCGUGCUCUUGCCAAGGAUGCUGGCGCCCUUGAUUGGGCCGUUGGAGGACUGA